GUGGCUUGAGUUUUGUUUGAAGUGAACUGCUGCCUGGGACUGCCCUACGAGCUGCAAAGUCGCCAAGCAUUAGACUCACUGUAUAUAUUUUCCCAUUUCCCCCAUAUUCGUUUCGUGCCUCUAUGCAUCGUAAAGACGAUGUUAGGCCACCACUACCCAAAUGCCGACAAGUCGCAACAACUGGUCAACUAUGUGGAGGAUUAUCUGGAAUGUGUGGAGUCCCUGCCUUUGGACAUACAAAGAAAUGUUUCUCUGCUUCGGGAAAUUGAUGCAAAGUAUCAAGAGGUGCUGAAGGAAGUGGAUGAAGUGUUUGAGAAGUACAAGAGUGAACAGGAUGCAGCUCAGAGAAAGCGCCUGCAGAUCCAGUUGCAGAGGGCGCUCAUCAUCAGCCAGGAGCUGGGCGACGAGAAGAUCCACGUGGUGACCCAGAUGACGGAGCUUGUGGAGAACCGCUCCCGCCAGAUGGACUCUCACUCCAUCUGCCUCCAGGAGCCCAGCGAGGCUGAGCGGCUCACGACGGAGCGGCGUACCAGUGUCCAAGACUCCUCGGCUCCCGAACGCACAUCCGCCCGUCGCCGCGACGCCAGCGCAACAGCGAGAGCCGCGACUUCCAGCCACCGGUCGGGCAAUGGCUCGGUGGUGGACGACCCAAUGGAGGAGCUGCCCAUCCCUCCGCCGCGAGAGAAGAAGUCAAAGUCUGCGAAGAAGAAAAAGCGCAAGGCCAAACAGGAGCGGGACGCCUCACCGGUCGACUUUGCCAUCGACCCCAAUGAGCCCACCUACUGCCUCUGCGAGCAGGUAUCGUACGGUGAGAUGAUCGGCUGCGACAACGACCAGUGCCCCAUUGAGUGGUUUCACUUCUCCUGCGUGGGGCUGACCUACAAGCCCAAGGGCAAGUGGUACUGCCCUAAAUGCAGAGGGGACAACGAAAAGACCAUGGACAAAAGCCUGGACAAAAACAGAAAAGACCGCAGGUCCAGGUAAUGACGCGACUUCAGUCUGAGGGUCCAUCAGCCGUAGCUGAUAACAGUACUCGUGAUGUUGUAAGAGCACAAUCGAACACCGUUAGUAGCAGCGCUUAUAAUUGAUCAAGGACUUGGAGGAAGUUGUGAUUUGAACUUUUGCUGUUACAUCCCUGAUUGUUCCCUCUGGCUAAAAUGUGCUAUAGUCUGUAGGGAGUCCAGCUGCGGAAGGAGCCAUCAGCCUGAAGCUGCCAUCUUCCUCCAGUGUUUUGCUUUGUGCCACGUUUCAUUUUUUAUUUUGAUUGAAUUAAAUAGAUGUAAUAACCCUUUGGUUAUCCAUUUCUUACAGGGUGGUACUGCAGGUAUGGCCAAUCAACACCCCCCUCCCCCACCCUUAAUUUUAACUUUCUUAAUAGCACGCAAUUAAGUUGAAAUCAGUGUCUCUCUAUACAUUAAUGGCUUGUAGAGAAUAACCUACAGAUGUAAUAUGUUUACAAGAGAUGAUAUUUAAUCAAGGACAUGAUUGUUGAUGGGACACUGGAAUAGGAUGUCAUGUUUGUGGACUCCGUGUUUUCACUAUCACUAUUGUGUAAAUGUCUUUUUAUAUUCAUUAAAACAAAGUAUAGUCAUUCA